AUGAGUAAACACUAUCGGUCUUUCAAGUGCCACGAACCUGGUUGUGACACGAUUCGGAGCUUCACCUACUCUGGCGGCCUUUUAGGCCACCAGCGUAACGUCCACAAGAAGAACAACGACUCCAAGAAGCCCUUGAUGUGUUCCUAUGCCGGUUACGACCGCAGCACUGGCAGCGGAUUCACGCGAAAAGAUAACCUUUGGGAGCACUUGCGCCGUCGCCACAGGCACACCAAUGAGGGUCCAACAGCCUCCACCCUUAAGGAUAUGCUAUGGGAGCGCGCCAACUCUGGUCUCAAGCGCAAACAAGAUUCACCCAACGGCAAGCUUCUGGAUUUCGAUAAAAAUGGCCACGAUCUCCGCAACGAAGUCGAGCGACUGCGUCGCGAGAAAGCCAUCCGUCAGCUGUCCAUGCCCGAACACGACCCUCAGUUUACACAGGCAAUGCCCUCCUCCGCUCAGUACCCCGGGUCAUAG